AUGGGCUCCUCGGUUUGCAAUCGAUGGCUGGUCGCUGCGGCAUGUUGCUGGAUGAACCUUUUCGGCUUCGCCAUGCUCCGUUCAAUGGCAGUCGUCUACGUGGGUGUCCUGCAGGAGUUUCACGUCACCAGGGGACAAGCGGCGUGGCCCCUCAGUCUGACCGGAGUUUUCUACACGUUCACAGCGCCUGCAGUGGGAGUCCUUGCACGACACAUCAGCGUAUGGAAGCUGACAUUGGCGGGAUCUGUGGCCAGCUCCAUCUGUGUUUCGCUCUGCUACUUCGCCAAUGGCAUACCCUAUCUUAUCGUGUGCUAUGGAAUCUCGCAAGGUAUCAGCAUCGCGUUUAUAUCGCUUACCCACACGGUCAUCAACCAAAACUUCAGUAAUCACAAAGCAGUCGCCUCUGGAAUCAGCAGUGCGGGAUUUACGAUUGGAGGUCUCGUCUUCCCACCUAUGGUACAGUUCUUCUUCAACAGAUACGGCCUAAGAGGAGGUUUCUUGUUGUGUGGUGCUUUGAUGCUCAACGCUUCAGCCGGUGCUCUACUACAACGAGGUUCUCGGGCGGUGUCUAUUUCUACUUGUGACGGGAAAGCUCAGGAUGAUCCUCAUAAAACCAGGUCACUGCAAGAAGACGACCUUGAAAACUGCAGUUUGUGCGUUGCAGAACUCUCAGCAGGACUUAUGCCGAAAUCUGCAGAGGCGUCCAGCAAAGACCAGAUAAACGCCAAAGAUGAAGAAACCAAUUUUCGUCUUUCUCCGAGAGCAACAGAAACACUCGGAGCUCAUCAACUCGGUGCACAGAAUAUAAAACUUGAGGAGUCACAACUUCACGCUGCGCAAAAUAUGUAUGAAGUUUCGAGGACACUGCACAGACUAGUUCCAGGGUCAAAUCUUCAAAAUCGAAUAAUCGGAUCGUUGUCGUUCCUUGCCAUCCUUAAGUUUUACAUUAUCGUUCUCUCAUUUUCCCAAAUCAUUUUUAGCAUGACCACCUACCUGACGGUCAUCGUGGACUUUGCGAUGGAUCGGGACAUUUCGAGAUGGAACGCUGUUCUCCUUAUCACGUGCUGUGCGGCAGUGGACAUGGUGUCGAGACUAGCAUCAGGAUGGAUAACGGACAAAGGAUUCUUAAGGAGAAGCUCCAUGAUGACGCUGCACUUCCUUCUCUCGGCCACGUCCCUGCAUCUUGUACCUCUUUGUCACUCAUACACCCCGAUUGUCUUUAUGUCCGUGAUCGUGGGCUGGUGCAAUGGAGCCACCAUUGUUCUUAUACCAGUGUUCCUGAUGGAACUGGUGGAUGCUGGUAAAUUCAGCGUCUGCUACGGGACGGCGACCUUCUUGGCUGGCCUUCCCAUGCUGGCCCGCCCCGUGAUAAUCGGGUACUUCAGGGACACGUUGGGAGAUUACCGGGGACUCUUCUGGCUCCUCGGAACAUUGUCAGCCUGCAACGUCAUCUUAUGGUGCUGGCUCUAUUGGAAAGAGAGACAAGUAUGCAACGUCCGUAAUUUAGUCAACGAACAGCGCCAGAUGAAUCAUUCACAGGCUUGA